AAGGACCUUCUUGAACGUAUUGCUUCCUCCUUGUCAAUACGUGAAACUUACUUAUUUGGUUUAACUCAACUUCGAGAUGGAGAGCACUAUUUAAUUGAUUUAAACGAGAGAAUAUCUAAAUAUGCUCCUAGCAAAGUAAAAGGAGAGGUAUCUAAAGAUCCUUCAACAGGAUUCAUCUUAUAUUUUCGUGUCCAAUUUUAUACCGAUAGUGUUACGAAAAUUCAGGAAGAUACUACCAGAAAUCAAUACUAUUUGCAGUUGAAAAAAAAUAUCGUUCGGUGCUACAUUUCUUGUACCGAAGAAUUGUGCUUUAAAUUGGCCUCUUAUGCGCUACAAGCAGAUUUUGGUGAUUUUACAAACUGUUCAGGAGAAUACUUCGAUCCAGAACAGUACUUUCCACCAUGGGUCAUCGAGACUAGAUCAAGAAAUUUUAUUUUACGCUAUUUACCUAAUGUACAUCGUGAUCACUUAGGCAUGUCUCGUAAAAAGGCCAAAUUUCUCUAUAUCCAGGUUAGUUGCGUUAGCUGA